AUGAUUGUGAUUAUCAAACCUAUGAACACCUGCAAGAACUUACAGCUUGUUUCUGCCAUCCUGAAGAAAGAACUGAAAACCAUCUUGGCCUGUCUCCUUGUUCUUGCCACUAGUGUGCCACAGUUCAAUGCGUCUUGCUUCCAGCAGCCAUCGAAGCCAUCUGACAGUGAGAUAGCAGGCUGCCAUGACAGGAAAUGAAAGCCGCAUGAACUGAGAUCCAGCUGGAGGACUGAUAACUACCUUGAUUGCCACUGUUCCGGAAUUGAAUGCUGCACCAGCUAUAUGACACCAGUUAACUACGAUAAAGAGAAGUGUGUAAGGAUUUUCAUGAAGGAGACCUGCGUUUAUAAAGUGGUGGAAAAAAAUGAUCACUCAAAAGAAUGCCCAGUCCGUGAGCGGGUGGGCUAA